GAAGGAAGGAGGGGGGGUGGGGUGCCGAGAUGCUUGUCAGUGAUUCAUCAUCCAACAACUGGAGUCACCCUUCCCAUUUUUGGAUCAGAAAUGAUUGCCAACCGUUCCUUAACGGGUUUAGCGCUUCCCCACAAGUGUAAUAAUGUGAUGGAUACCUAGGUACUUAGCUUAUUUCCGUGAAAGUGAUAAGAUUGCGCAAUGAGUGGAAUAUCCCGAAUAAGGAUGUAAGUUUACUGUUAAAAGCGUCAUGGGUGUCUCCGUCAGCGUCCCUGGCAGGUCCUGACUCCACGGCUACACCUUCCUUCUGGAUAAGCCAGCAGUCAAGGUCUCAUUACCUUUCCCUUUCCAAGUUCGACCAUGUCAUAAAGAUGGGGUGGGCGGAGGCUACGGUAUAUAAGACGUGUGUGGUCACUACUGAGCAUCACACUUGAUCUCCCACAGCGAAUAACAUGGCCUACAAGAUUUUUGCCCUGGCUGCCCUUCUGGCUGUUGUGUCAGCAGAGCAGCGUCCUACUUAUGGGCCUCCACCACCCACUUACAGCCCUCCAACUCCCUCCUACAAUCCUCCAAGACCUGCCUACAAUGCUCCUGAACCAGUGGGUCCUGCCCAGUACAACUUCAACUGGGCCGUGAAGGACGACUACUCCGGCAACGACUUCGGCCACGAUGAAACUCGUAAUGGCUACGACACUCAGGGAUCCUAUUACGUCCAGCUUCCAGACAGUCGACUGCAGAGGGUUUCCUACACUGUGAACGGCGACUCCGGCUUCUUGGCUCAAGUUGAAUAUCAGGGCGAGGCUCAGUACCCAGCCCACCAGCCUGCCCCGGUUUACAAACCCGCCCCUACUUACCAACCAGCCCCCACCUACCAACCCAUCCCCACAUAUUCUUAAGUCAGAUUAAUUUUAUGACUUGACAGAAUUUCUAACCAG